AUGCGGGAGCAUGCAGAAAUCACUCAGGCGCCAGAUCUCUGGCUAAUCACACCAUGCGGCAAGGAUACUUCUGGCCCACACUCGCCGACGACGCUAGAGAAAUCUUCAGAUCUUGCCACAAAUGCCAACAGUAUGCAGAUCUCCCUCAUGCCCCAGCAGAGCCGCUCUCUAUGGGGCCUCGACCUGGUUGGCAAGUUACCAACCGCGAAGGGCCAAUUCAAAUACAUCAUUGUGGCCAUUGAUUACAAUAGCAAAUGGAUAGAGGCGGAACCACUGACAGCAAUUACUACUGCCAAGGUAAUCCACUUCCUGUGGAAAAAUAUCUAUUGCCACUACGGCGUCCCCCACACCAUCAUCACAGACAACGGAACACAGUUCAAUAACAAAGAGAUCAUAUCUUUCACCGCCAACCUGGGCACCAAGAUGAGUUUCGCAUCUGUGGCGCACCCUCAGACCAACGGCCAGGUUGAGGCGGCAAACAAGAUAAUCAAGAAACUCCUAAAAAAGAAACACGACGACGCCAAGGGCUUAUGGGCGGAGCGAUUACCAGAGGUUCUGUGGGCAAUUAGGACAACCCCAACAUCCGCCAAUGGCGAAACGCCAUUCUGUAUGAUGUUCGGAACUGAGGCCGUCUUACCCAUAGAAGUCACUCAACCUACCGCCAGGGUCGAAGGCUACUGCCCCAAGACCAACGACGAAGGCAUCAACCUCGACAAAGAUCUCCUCGAGGAAAAGCGCCACAAAGCCCAUUUGAACAACUUGCAAAACAAACAGCGGCAAAAGCACAAGGCAAGAAACUCUAGCGGUAUAUCCACGAGCAAAGAACACAAUAAACAAAAACACUUCACAUAUCUAGGGUCGGGACUCCCCGCCCAAAAGGUCAAGUCAAGUUACAAAUAA